CUGAAACCAGACCAAAAAACUUCCGCCGGCGGACAGAGCUCUGGUUUAGAAGAUACGGGGCUUAAACAAUUGUGAACUUCUUUCAAAGAGAAGAAUAUAGGAAAACUUGCCAAACUCGUGAAGGACAGCGAAAAAUUAUUUGCCAAUUGUUAUUUACAGUACAGCAGACUGUUAAAGCUUGUUUUCAGCUCUGUGUGUGUGAGUGUUUUUGUUGCUGUUGGGGCUGCCAACAGUUUUAUUUUGACUCAAAAAAAAAGCAAACACACACAACGGCAGCGCAACAGCGAGAGUGAGGAUGAAGAGUUUAGACGAAAUAAAGUCGGAAUAUCCGCUGCAUUGGCAGAUAUGGAAUGGCAAUCUGGAGGAGCUGCAGCAGCAAUUGCAGACUGAGCAGAUUGAUAAGGAAAAAAUCGAUCCGCGGGGCCGCACACCCUUGAUGCUGGCGGUGCGUCUGUCGAAUCUGCAGUGUGUCAAGUGCCUUUUAGCAGCCAAGUGCAAUGCAACCUACGAGCAUGCAGGCUGGUCAAUUGUGCAGGAGGCCGUUUGUACCGGCGACGUGGAUAUACUGACUGCCAUCAUUGAGGUACGUGACUUGCAGCGUCAUGUGCAACGUGUGACGCACGUGCCAAAGUUACUGCAACAUCUACUGGAUGCGCCCGACUUUUACAUUGAGAUGAAGUGGGAAUUCACAUCGUGGGUACCGCUCAUGUCCCGCCUCUGUCCCAGCGAUACCUAUAAGGUGUAUAAGCGUGGCGCCAACGUGCGCAUCGAUACCACGCUCCUUGGCUUCGACAACAACACCUGGCAGCGGGGCAAUCGAUCCUACAUAUUCAAAGGCGGCAAGGAAACGGCCACAAUGAUUGAAAUAGACCACGACACGCAUGAGGUGAUGGUCGAGCAGAUGAGCAGCGAUAUUGGCGAUAUUGUGGCCAUACCACCGCCCAUUGGCACAGUGCGUGCUCGGCUAGCGGCGCCCGUCAUUACCAACAACAUUGAGAUGGACAAGAUCAGUUUCGAGCGCAACAAGUCGGGCAUUUGGGGCUGGCGUAGCGAAAAGUCCGAGAUAAUCAAUGGCUACAACUGCAAAGUGUAUGGCGCCAGCAAUGUUGAAUUUAUCACCAAGACGCGCAUGGACCACUUGAGCGAGGAACAGAUCAAGAACAAAACGGCGCGUACGCCUCUGCACAGCUUGUUGGGCAUUGCCGAUGAGGAUUACGUGCCACCAGCACCACCACCAACGGAUGCAGUAGCUGCGAUUAAAGAGCGCACACCUUCGCCUCGUCUGGGCGAGGCAGCUGCCUGCAGUGAAAAUGGCGAUAGUGCCGCCAGCGCAUUGCUGGCUGAGAGUAAUGGCGGCUCCGCCUGUGGAUCGGGCGCAAGUACGCCACGUUCAUUGAUCACGCCAGAGGAGUACUUCAGUGCCGAGGUGGAUCUGCAGGGACGGGAUAUAGGCAAACCAAAGAAUUUGAGCACAAAGGUGCAACGCUUUAAGGCCAAUUUGUGGCUGGCUGAAGAGCAUCCCAUUCGUCUUCAGGAACAAGUGCUUCCCAUACUGGAUCUCAUGUCGACCAUGGCUAGUCCGCAUGUGUCCAAACUGAAAGACUUUAUAACCAUGCAACUGCCGGCUGGUUUUCCGGUCAAAGUUGAGAUACCGCUCUUCCACGUUCUGAAUGCCUGCAUUACGUUUGGCAAUGUGUUCGCGAUGACAACGUCCGUGGAUCAUGUAUCCACGUUGCAGGAACAGGAUCGCGUCACAUGCCUCGUGGACGAUCGAUGCUUCGACAUACCCAGUCAUUAUGUCAACCGUGGCGCUGACUCACGUCGCCAGAUGCCACUCGACGAGGACGACAUGCUGCAGUACGCCAUUGAGCAGAGUCUGGCGGAGACGAGCGGCGCUGGCGGUGCUUGUGGCCUGGACAACGAUUCCGACAAGGUCGACAUCUGGGAGGUGCUCCGCGGUCAACAUACUGUUGGCAGCGAGCUGCUCCCCGAGGAUGACGAACAGUUGCAACGUGUGCUGCAGGAAUCGCUUUUGGGCGCCAAUGCGAAUGCCAGCGGCUCUCCCGUGUCCGAGGAUGAUGACGACGGCGGCUUCCGGUACAUGGACACGGAUCUAGCCUUGGCGAUGCGCCUCUCCCAGCAGGAGCAGCAGAAAUUCGAGCUGGAGCGUCAGCGAGAGCAGGAGAUGAUUGAGCAGGCGCUCAAGCUCAGUCUGCAGGAGCAUUAAGAUCAAGUUGCUCAUCAAAUCAAAUCCAAAUCAAAUCACAACCAACUAAUCAAUCAAUCAAUCAGUCAGUCAGCAAAAGUGCUAAAAACGAAAUCUGUCUUUUGUUUGGUAUCAAAAUUGAAAUUGUUUAUAAUGUAAUUCUAUAAUUCUAGUAUGUAAAUUUAUACCUAUGUUGUACAAUAGUUUUUAUAAUUUUUAUUAUUAUCUUUUAUAUUUAAUAACUCUUGUUGAUUUCGCUCUCCUCCUAUACGGUAAUUAUGCAUCCUUAUUUGUAUUGUGAUAUGUAACUAAAAAGAAACCUUACCUAUAAACGGAACAAUUCCCUCUAUUAACCCAUACCAACUCAGAAACUCACAAUAUACAUUAUAACAUAAAUCUAUACAUAAAUACACAUAUGUAUACAUAUGAUAUCCAUGUACUAGCUUUUGCUAACAUAUUUAAUAUUAAGUCCACACAAUGAAGAGAUAACGUUUAGGGGAAAUGAUAAUACGCGUCACAUGCAUAAAAAAAAACAAAAGCAAAAAAACACAUAAGUAAAUCAAAAAAAAAGAAGAAAA